AUGCGCAGGCGCCUCCCGUCAGGCAGCUGAUCUCGGCGGGGAGGGAGGCCGGCUGGCCGCUCCAUUGCAGCCCCCGUCGCGGCGGGGGUUGCGUCCCUCCAGGGUGUUAGCCGGGCCAGGCUCCGCGGGGAAGCGAUGCCGCGUCUGGGGACGGUGCAGCAGAAGAUCCCCUGCGCCUUCACCACCGAGCUGAGGGAGGAGCCGGCCACCAAGCGGCCCAACCAGUCAUACAGAGUCCUGGCCAACGGAGAGCUGAGUCUGAAGGCGCUGGCAGCGAACAUCCACCAAGGGGUCGCUACAGAGAAAGUGGAUGGCACUUGCUGUUAUGUCACAAACUACAAAGGUUCGCCAUAUCUCUGGGCACGACUCGAUCGGAAACCGACCAAGCAGUCCGAGAAGCGAUUCAGGAAGUUUCAAUUGUCGAGAUCCAGCACUGAGUUCACUUGGAAUAUCGACAGUGACUUCAGGGUAGUUCCUGAUACCUGGAUUCCAGCACACGAAGUUGCCCAAUCACAAGGCAGACCACAGCCUGAUGAGAAUGGACACAUUCCUGGUUGGAUUCCGGUGGAGAAGGGAAGUAAACAAUAUUGUUGGCAUCUUUCUGCCGUGAAUUAUGAAACUGGAUCCGCCCUGGUUUUAAGGCCAAGUUCUGGGAAGCAAAUUCUAGAAAUUACUGUCAUUCCCUUAAUGGAGCUGCUUGAGCAGACACUGGAGCUGAUAGGAACUCAUAUCAACGGUAAUCCAUAUGGCCUUGGAAGCAAGAAACAACCUCUCCACCUUCUGGUCUCCCACGGAUCGCUGCAGAUUGAGAAUCCCCCGCCACUGGACCUGAUGGAUUUGGUUGCCUGGUUUGAGGAGAGUGAGGAGGCGAAGGUGGAAGGCAUUGUGUGGCACUGUGCAAAUGGUGUCCUAGUUAAACUUCACCGACAUCACCUGGGCUUGGAAUGGCCACUCCUGUGGCCAUUCUUGGCCACUCGCCCUUUGUCCAUCAAUGUCGACCUGACCAAGUUCACCUGGGAUUUUGAAGCCAACUCCUCGUUUGUUGCCCUGGCCAGGCUCCACGGGAAGCAGUUUGACCGAGUUAAAGAUAUUUCGUGGGAGGACACAGAGAGUUGACGUGGUCUUAGCGUGUUGGCCAAGGAUUGUUUUGAGAGGUGGCUGGCUGUUUCAAGCAGGAUUGUUUCCUUUGAAUCUUGGGACUGAUCUCAGUUGGAAGAUCUGAUCUUGAUCAUUGGGGGAUGUGUAGACUGCAUUAACCUGCAAGUAUCACCCUGUUUCUGGUACCAAUUGCAUGCCCACAAUGUUUAGCAGAAUAACAUACAGCCAGCAUACACCAGGACAUAUGUAACAACAGUAAAACAAACAUCUUCCUACCCCUACCCCCUCCACCAAAUUGGGUCACUCUGACCUCCAGCUCUGUAAACCUUGGGCCUCCAACCCCAGGACAGGCCACCUCUGGGCCUCUAGCCUUCAGAUCUUAGGCCUGGACUCACCAACCUUGGGGAUUGCAGGUCUUCAUCCUCAGUGCCUGACAACCCGACCUCCAUUCCCAUGGGUGGCAGGACAUUUGAAAGAUGUAUUUGAUUACUUAAGACUUCAGUGCCUCAAAUUAAAUCUUUCUAUCUCUAUUAAGUAUUCACUUAUUAUUCAGUCUUAUUUAAUGUAACUUGCUGUAAUUGAGUAUUAAAAUGUUGUAAUUUGGCUCUGUGGCACUUACUUGUAAAUCGACAUAACCUAGCUUUAGGUUUGCUGGAUUUUAAACCUUGUUCAAUGCUGCAAAUAGGAUCCAGUUUCUUAUUUUUCUCCCUGAGCUGGCACUGCUUUUCAGAUUUUAGCAGUGCCUCCACGCUCCUGCCCAACUCUAAUAACCACGGAGUCCAAUUAACCUUGAAUCUACUCAAUGGCUCUAUCAAACCAUUAAGAUUUAAAACUUUUGGGAAUAAAUUCCUUCUCCAUUCAGA